AUGUAUUUGUUUCUAAUUAAUUUAUUUUAUUUAUUUCAUCUUUUUCCAUCCUUAAAAAUUGAAGAGCAAUGUAAAACCUGCAGAGUUUUAUCAAAAACAUUUAUAGAGGGUCUCAUUAAAACUGAAAAUUUACAUUUUGGUGGUGGAAAUACUGCUUGGGAAGAGAAAAAACUUGGAAAAUUUAAGACAAGUGAAACUCGUUUUGUUGAAAUUAUGGAGCAUAUCUGUCAAGAUGAUGAAAAAGAUGAAAGAUUUAAGUGCCAUUCACUUGCUGAAACGAAUGAAGAACACUUGGAAGAUUGGUUCUACAAUCGCCAAGAAAUUGAUCCAAGUUUAGAAACCUUUCUUUGCGUCAAAAAACUUUCCUAUUGCUGUGAUUCUGGUUAUUUUGGCCCUGAAUGUUCAGCAUGUCCUGGUUUAAAGGAAUCCCAAAAGGCGUGCUUUGGUCGAGGAUUUUGUGAUGGAGACGGCAAACGUUCUGGGGAUGGAACAUGUUCUUGUCAUCGUGGAUACAGUGGAAAAUUGUGUAGCAAUUGUGAUUCCAGCUUCUUUGCAAUAACUCAAAAUGCUACAUUUAUUGAAUGUCAUGAAUGUUUUGACGGCUGUGGUAGUGGAUGCACUUUUGCUGGGCCAAAAGGUUGCAAUGCUUGUAGAAGUGGAUAUAAAAUGGAUGAGGAAAAUGGCUGUAUAGACGUUGAUGAAUGCAAGGAAGAUGAACUAAAAUGUCAAAAAGAUAAUGAAGUUUGUGUGAAUACUCCAGGAUCUUAUGAAUGUAAAUGCAAGGAAGGCUACAAACGUUCUAAAGAUGGAAAUUGCGAAUUGGAUAUUGAAGCUCACCCUUCUCCAUUCUUCAUCGGGCCAAUUCAAUCACUUCGUUUAAUUGCAUACUUGUGUCUUUUAUUGAUUUCAUUUUUUGUCUUUUUCGCCUAUCAAAAACCGUUAGCAAUUGGGCUAAAUAUUCUUACUAUUUUUAUUGUUGCUCUAAUCGACAUGUAUUUUUAUUUGAAUGAUGUUGGUGAUAAAAGACGGGAUGAAGCAAUAUUCAGGCACUUGUUUAAAUUUCUAGCUUGUUUUCAGUUUUUAAAUUUUAUUUACAAUUAGUCGGGGUUGGUUUUAUGUACAAUUCUUUAUUAGGGCUUUAAGUCAUUAGGGUCUACCUCUCAAUUUCGUAUCCUUGUUGCUUUAAUUUUUCCAACUUUUAUUUUCUGUAUAAAAUUUUAAAAUUUUUAUAGAAGAUGAUGAAAAAACGAAUGAUGAGAAAGAAACUGAUAAAGAUGACAAAAAGGAUGAAGAAAACUUGGAAGAUGAGAAGAGCGAAAAUAAAGACGAGCCUGAAUUUAAAAAGGAUGGUGAAGGUGAACGUGAUGAGCUUUGAAAGGAAUGCUUUAAAUUAUUUUUCUCACUUCAUCAUUCAGUGAUUCUUCUCUUUUUUAGGUUUAUUUUUUUAUUGGGUGCCGGUCAGUUCAUUGAAUUUUAUAGUUUUUAUUUUUCCCCUUUGAUAUCUCAU